UAAUCACCACAAAUGCUCAACCACGUGAUAAAAAAAAAUUACACAGUAUUAAUGGCGGUCGCAUUGGCCCGACGAUCAUCAUAAAACAUAACGCAAUAUUAGCUGUUGAAGUGAUCAACAACAUGAAACAACAUCAAACUUCGAUACAUUGGCAUGGCAUGCAUCAAAGGAAUGUUCCUUGGAUGGAUGGAGUGGCAGAUGUAACGCAAUACGGAAUCCAACCAAACGGUGGGAAAUUCAGAUACAUACUCCGCGCUCAUCCUUCGGGAACUCAUUGGUAUCAUUCACACGUGGGAAAGCAGCGAGACGAAGGCAUUUUUGGAGCCCUUAUUGUUAAAGAAAAGCGUGAAACACUGAAAAAAUUGGAGCCUUUGCUAAAAGUUAAAAAAUUCGAAGAUUUUCCUGAACGAUAUACGCUCUCUGUCACAGAACACGAGAGAGUAGGCAGACAUGAAAGAGGUUGUUUACCAGAUGGAUCCGCACCGCCAGAAAUAAAAGAUGAACAUGUCUCAUCAUUUCAAAUAAAUGGAGUAAAACUACAGAAACGUGUACGAGAUGAUGAGCAGGUACCAUAUUAUACGGUGGAGAAGGGAAAAAACUACAGAUUUCGAGUGAUUGGCGCCAUAGAGUUUACCGUCUUCCGCAUUUCCAUCGAUGGCCAUAAAUUGCACGUUGUGUCAACGGACAGUUACCUCACGGAACCUUUUGAAACCGACGCUGUACAUGUUCACGUCGGCGAACGAUACGAUUUUAUCGUGAAGACCAGAACUGAUGUUGAAGCAGGGGCAGUAUUUCCAAUCCGAAUCGAGUCUGUGGAAGUAUAUUGUAACAACCACAGCCAACCGUUAGGUGUCGGGGUUGCGUAUCUCAGAUACUUCGCGCCUGUCAAGAGAGAACCAUGCAAGAAAAAUUGUGUAGCGCUAAACUGUCCAUUCGGGCACUAUCCUGUGGUUACCGGGUUUCCUCCAUCGUAUAACUGCUUCACCGUCUAUGAAGCUCUAAGCCUGCUCGUUCCCACUCCACGUGAAGAGCUUCCAGACGAUACCUACCCGCCUCCAGUUGUGGAGGAUUUCUUUAAUUUUAAAUUCUAUAAAUCCAAUCCGACUGUUAACAACGUUAAAUAUGUAUUCCCCAAAGUACCUUUUGCUAUGAGCUUUGGAAGUGUACCAGGCGAAUGCAAAUAUGGCAAAGAGGCCGAAAAGCGCUGCGACAAAGCGGGAUGUCCACACGCAGUCUAUGUAAAGAAAAGGGGAUCUUCAAUGUCUAUUCGAUUCGUCUUGUCUGACCUACCAGAAAAGAUAAGAGACGAACAUGUCGCGAAUCUGGUCACACAUCCAAUCCACUUGCAUGGUCAUUCUUUCUGGGUUACAAAGAUCGCCUAUCCUAGUUAUUAUUUGAAUGGUACUAUAAAAGCAGUCAACGACGAUAUAGAUGUACCAAGCUGUGGACAUGGACACUGGAAGAACAACAUCCAACCACAUGGACUCCGGGUUGACCAGACAACGAUACGCAAGGAUGUAAUCAUCGUUCCUGCUGGUGGUUACGUUGUGAUCGAGUUCCUUGCAACAAAUCCAGGAUGGUGGUUCAUGCAUUGCCACAUUGACCCUCAUCUUCUCAGGGGGAUGGCGAUUGCCGUAGGUGAAGAUGUCCACUGUCAGAAUCCACCACCACGUGGACUGAAUCAAACAAAUAUUCCAGAAUUCUGCUGGACCGUUAAUGAUUUCAAGGAAAAGGAGAAAUACCGAUGUGACCAACAAAAAGAGAUGUCCAUCCAAGAUCCAAUCGUCUCCGACGAGGAGAGAUUUUUCCCGAAUGAACCGGGUGAAGAAUUUGAUGUCAAGAACGAGAUGGAUAAAGGUGAAUCUCCCGGCGAGAAUUAUAAAGAAGAAUGGCUGAAUCCAAGAAUGAGUCUGAGCCAGCACAUGAAGAAAAUGCAGUAAUGGAUUUAGAAGGAACAAUCUCUUUCACGUUUUCAUAUUUUCAUCCCACUUCAAAUUUUUCGUAGUUAAUGCAUGCACUUCAAGUCGUAGAAACUAUAUUUCAGAGAGCUUGAAGGACGGUUUUCAUAUUUCAACUAUU